CACUUCCGGCUCCGUAGCACGUUUUCCUUCCGCGUUUUUGUGAAACGCUUUGCAGACGCGUUUAUUUUGCUUUUGAAACCCUUCUGGUCUCCAAACAAAGACAAAAUGAGCAAAGCGCACCCUCCCGAGCUUAAGAAGUUUAUGGAUAAGAAGCUCUCGUUGAAGUUAAACGGGGGCAGACAUGUCCAGGGGAUUCUCCGCGGCUUUGACCCCUUCAUGAACCUGGUGGUGGACGACUCUGUGGAGAUGGGACCUGGAGGACAACAGAACAGCAUCGGCAUGGUGGUGAUCCGAGGAAACAGUAUCAUUAUGGUGGAGGCUCUGGAGCGAGUAUGAAAGAAAGAAACUACAAUGUUUUUUUUUUUUUUUUUUUUAAGUUUGUCAAAGAUCUGUUCAUGUCUCUAACGUCUCUGAGGCCACUGUUUGUACAUUUGAAUUGUUUUUUUGUGAAAUAAACCUUUCUUUGUA